UGUGCGGCUCCUCCGCGCUCUGUGUUUCAUGUCGGAGCUCGUGUCGACGCCACAGGAAGUGAGCGGUGCGCCCCGGGGGCCACAGUCCCGUCUGCUGCGGCCGGGGACGGACACACGUACGGUGCGAGGGGACACGUCCCCGGCGGCUCUUGACGUCAAUGCUGUCCACGCUGUCCACAAUGAUGUCACAUGGUUUCAAGAGCAGUAAGCAGGACUUCACCUUUGGACAAUGGAGAUUCACUGCUGCCAAAAACCACAUCAUGAAAUCCAAAGACAUUGAACGGUUAGCAGAAGAGAUGAGCAUGCCCUCCCUUCCAGAGAUGCUGUUUGGGGACAACAUCCUGCGCAUCCAACACACAAAUGGAUAUGGCAUUGAGUUCAACGCCAUUGAUGCCCUGAAAAGAGUAAACAACAUGGAGGAUGCUGUCAAGGUGGCCUGUGCUCAGGAAUGGCAGGACAGCAGAGCUGAUUCUGAACACUCCAAAGAGGUGGUGAGACCUUACGACUGGACAUACACCACAGACUACAAAGGCACUCUCAUAGGAGAAGGUAUUCAGAUGAAGGUGACCGAGACAACAGAAUGUAUCAACAUGGAGAAGCUGAAGGCUCGGGAACAGAUCAUGUUCUUUGAUGACAUACUGCUGUUUGAGGAUGAGCUGCAUGACCACGGAGUCUCAAUGAUCAGUGUCAAAAUUAGGGUGAUGCCCACCAGUUUCUUCCUGUUGCUGCGCUUCUUCCUACGUGUGGACGGAGUGCUGAUCAGAAUAAAUGACACACGACUGUAUCAUGAGGCUGGAAAAAAUUACAUGCUACGAGAGUUCAGCACCAGGGAAAGCAAAAUAGAAGAACUCAAGAAUGUUCCUGCUGCACUGUACACUGAUCCUAAUGAGAUUGCCCAGCACUUAUCCCUGAAGCUGAAAGUGUGUGAGAAGCUGGAAUUUCCUGUGCCACAGCCUCAGACAGCUGUUAAUGAAGUCCUUUAGUGACCAGUGUACUGUAAAGUCCACACUGAUGCGUUGUGUAAUGAAAAACAGGAAGAGUAAACUUGAAUCUCUGCAACUUGACUUUUGACAGUUUGAGUAUGUGCGAAUGUGUAUAAACAUGCACUGUUAUAAACUAUUUUACCCCGGUUAAACUCCUUGGUCUUAUAUAUUUGAACUGAUGUCAUUCAAUUAGACAUUUUUCACUGUCAAAUUGAUCAGUAUUUUGACUCACUGUAUUAUUGGUAGGAUAGUUGAUUUAAUGCGUGUAAUAUUAGUAUCAAUGUCAUCAAUAAUUUCUGUAAAUAUGGCUUCUGUAUUUUCUACAGCAACUUCAAAAAGUUGAAAAAGGUUGUUUUCCCAUUUGCAUAAUCUGUGAAUAAGUACCAAAUGGCCAAAUAAAUUUUGUUUGUGUAAAUAUAA